AACUAGUCUAUAAUGGAUAUCAAGGAUGUAUCUGACGUUGACAACUAUCGCGAAUUUUUCGACCGGGUCACGAGACUCGCGGAACGAGCAAGUCGUCGAAAGGGAGAAAACCCUCAAGACCACCCUCCCCCGUACCUCGUUGUAAGCCAGUUCAUGAUGAGUCUCAGUCAAGCAACUAGCAUGGGCACCAAAGGCAACCAUACUAUUUCGACGUCGCAAGUACCGCCGUAUUAUUAUCCUUGUGUCCUUCCAACACAUAGACUCACGCCUUUAACGAUAUCAAGCAUGACACUUGAGCAUCAUCAUAGAGGCAAUCUAGCUCUGAUCCAUGUCCUGACACCGCCGGAUCGAAUGACUGCCGUCAUGGCUGUCGUAGAGGAUGAGGAGGGUACCGCCGUUCUGCUCCAGCUGUAUAACCAGCCUGAGGAGCCCAGGGUCAGUAAGGAGUGGAUUUUGCGGGUAGGAGAUGUCUGCAUAAUUAAGGAGCCAUUCUUCAAGGCAACCACCUCUGGCUCAUACAGUUUGCGAGUCGAUCAUGUCAGUGACAUUGUGUGGCUAAAAGAUACGGACGAUCGCAUCCCAUUGAAGUGGAGAAAGCGAGUCCUGUGUCUCGAUGAGACUUCCAAAGACAUCCGGAGGCAGGGGAAUACAGCAGUCCACAAUCAGAACUGGACUGAAGCAGAGUAUUUGUACACGCGAGCCAUCUGCAUCGCCACAACACCAGAAGAGCAGCAGUUGGCCCAUCUCAACCGGUCUCUGACCAAUCUCCAUCUCAACCGACCAAAAAAGGCUCUUUACGAUGCAUCCAAGAGCUGCGAGAGCGAUAUUGAACCAAAUGAGAAAGCUCUAUUCCGUCAGGCUAAAGCAUUCUACUCGCUCGCAAAAUUCAAACUCUGUAUGGAAAAACUGAUUGUCCUUGUGCGCUGCAAUCCUAGAAACACAGAUACUUGGGCGGAGAUCAGACGCGUCAAACAGCGACUCUUAGAGGAGGAAACAGGAUCAUACGAUUUCGCAAGUAUGUACAAACAAGCUGAAGCCACACCACCUUUGAUCGACUGCGCAACGUACGUCGGACCGGUGGCUGUUCGCAACUCAGUCGGUCGUGGCAGAGGUCUAUUCACAACACGGGCGGUUAAAUCAGGUGAACUUCUGUUUUGCGAGAAAGCGUUCGCAUAUAGCUAUGCUGGCGAUGACAGCUCCAUCGGACGUUCGAACACAACUAUAUUGAUGAACUUGAGCACUGGAACUAUUUGUGUUGGCGGACAGGCACACCUUAUUACACAGGUUGUCCAGAAGCUAUAUCACGAUCCUUCCGAAGCAAAGGUCUUCAUUGACUUGUAUCAUGGCGACUAUACGCCUGUGAAAACAUUUGAGGCUGACGGAUCCCCUGUGGUUGAUACAUUCUUCGUGGCGAAGAUCAUUCAGCUGAACUGUUUCGGAGCUCCUAGAUCUAGCUACAAUUCCAUCGUAACCGAUCAGAACUAUACCGAUACUAAGGAAAGUGAAAAGCCUACAUCUCACACUACAUGCGGCAUAUGGUCUCUCGCAUCAAGAAUCAACCACUCAUGCAUUUCUAAUUGCCGUCGGUCGUUCAUUGGGGAUAUGCAGAUCGUGCGGGCUUGCCAUGACAUGGAAGCAGAAACGGAAUUGUAUUUUGCGUACAGACCCGCUUUGCCGCACCAAACCUAUGAAGAAACUCAGAAGGGUCUCUCGGGUUGGGGGUUCAACUGCUCUUGCGCCUUGUGCUUGGAUAAGAAGUCCACUUCUCGAAAUACAAUCCAGCAGCGCAAGACUUUGAUCAGCGGCCUCAAAGCGAUUUUGAGGCCAGAAGCAUCGAUAACGCAGCUAACACGUGCAAGGAAAACACUCGAAAGCCUUGAGAAAACAUAUACAGCCAGGGAGAGUGUGCCAUUGGUGCCACGACUAGAGCUGUGGGACCCGUAUUUCGCCCUAGGUGCAGAACUGCUUGAUAGGAAAAGGUCACCAGAUGGUUUGGAAAUGCUUCUGAAGGGACUGGAGGCUCUUGGAUUCAGCAUUGUAGCCUGCCCCCCGAGAAAUGGUGUUGACGAGAAAGACUGCAAAAGGGCAACACUGGAGAUCAAGCGUUGGGGACAGGCCAACGAUUACACUGCCUCUACAUUUUUUCGGAUGAUGCACGCCUACGAGAAACUCGCGCCGGAGCUCUGUGAGGUUGCCAAAGAGUACGCCAGUGUUGCAUACAGUAUUUGCUAUGGCGAGAAAGAGACGAUUGGUAUACUGAGUCGGCAUUGUUCAUAGUUCUAGGGGCAACAAUCAGCUUGCAAGCUCGUUCGGGGUACAAUAAUUGCGAUAGGCCUCUUACUUUCUACGUUUUAUC